AUGCACAGACUACCCAUAAAUUUAUUGUACAUUUCCUUUUUAUUUCUGAACAUUGACAUAUUUAACAUUUUACAAUCACUAUGCUUAGUUAAAGAUAGUGUAGCGUUCAGAGUAGCAAAAAAUAAUAAUUUUUUGAAAAAUGAAAUACCCCACUUUGUUAAUUACAAGGGAUGCAAAAGUGCAUGUACCCUAUCUUAUAUAUUUUUGAAGGACAAACAUAUACAUGCAGAAAAAGGGAGAAGAAAAAGAAACUGUACACAUAUAAUUACGUAUAAUAGUACUUAUGGUUGUGCACAUGAUAGUACAUAUGAUAGUACAUAUGAUAGUACAUAUGAUAGUAUAUAUGAUAGUACGUACAAUGAAAAUAAGUAUAGUGAGUUUAACAGCUCUCACAUAUAUCAAAUAAGAAGGAAAAUAUUAUCAUCCAAGCUUGACAUAAAAUAUAUCUUUGAAAAAUAUAUAAUUAAGAAAGUAUUGCAUGAAAAUAUUAACAAAUAUAACAGCUUUUCGUAUAUAUAUUCCACUGAUGAAAUAUAUGAACAGAUCAGAAAAUUGUACAGAAUUUAUGAGCAGUGUGGAAAUUUAUCAAAACUACCAAAAUUGUUUGGACUUCCAAUCGUUUUAAAAGACAACAUAAUAACAAAAAAUAUACCAACAACAGGAGGAAGUAAAAUUCUAUCAAAGUAUAUACCUUCUUACGAUAGUACACUUGUAAAAAAAUUGAAGAAAAAUGGUGCAAUCAUAAUAGGAAAAACACGUUUAGAUGAAUUUGCAAUGGGAUCCUGUACGGGCAAGGUAAAAAAUCCAUUUAAUGAAAAAUAUUUAUCAUGUGGUGGUUCUUCUGGUGGAUCAGCUAGCUGUAUAGGAUCAAAGAUUAUGAACUGUUCAGUAAAUACAGACACAGGUGGAUCCAUUCGAACUCCAUCAUCUUUAUGUGGAUGUAUUGGGUUAAAACCUACCUAUGGAAGAAUUAGUAGAUAUGGUGUUAUACCAUAUAAUGAAGAAACUGAUGUAGUUGGGUUAAUAUGUAACAAUGUGUAUGAUUGUAGUGUAUUGUUGGAUGUUUUAAGUGGGAGGGACAAAAAGGAUUUAACAACGUUAAAAAUUAAAAAAAUUAAAAAAAAAAAAAAAGAAAAAGAAGAAAAAGAAAAAGAAAAAGAAAAAAGAGAAAUAAAAGAAAUAAAAAAUGUGAACAGUUUAUUGAAAAAAUAUGAACUGUCAGAAAGAUUUAAAAGUCAAAAACCAUUAAAAAAUAUGAAGUUUGGAUACAUAUGUGAAGAUAUUUUAAUGGACUGUUUUGUUGAUAAAAUUGUUUACAUCAAUUAUAAAGAGGUUAUGCGAAAUAUUGAACAUUUGGGAGGAACAUUAAUAAAUACUAAUAUUUACAAAUUAAUUGAUUACUGUUAUAUAUAUUAUGUAUAUUCAAUGAUUAUAGCGCAUAGCAAUAUUUCAAGAAUGAAUGGAAUAAAUUAUAAUAUGCAUAAUAUAAAUAAUGAAACGAAUUAUAUUAAUAAAGUUAGGUCAAAUAUGAUAAAUGAAAAUGUGUUAACAAGAAUAAUUGGUGGUUCUAUUUUUUCCUCUCAUUUUCAAAAAAUAAAUUUUCGUAAUAUAUUUUUAAUGGUAAAAAAAAAUCUUACCAAAAAAUUAAAAAUACAUUUUAAAAAAGUAAAUUACAUUUUGUUACCUUCCAUUCCUAGAAGUAAUAAUAUACGAGACGACAUAGUAAACACGUGUGUAUAUGAUGAUAUCAUUUUAAAAGGAGGAAAUAUUGAACAUAGUAUACAUAGUGGCAAUGGUCAUAUAAAUGAUAUACAUGUAGAUAUGGAAAAUUUAUGGAAAAAGAAUAAAUACAACAAGUACAUGAAAGAAGUUUUCUCUAUUGUGUCAUCUAUUACAGGCUUCCCAAGUAUAGUCAUACCAACAGGAACAUUCACGAAAGAUUUUAACGAACCGCAGUCCUUUCAGUUGAUAACUUCAAACUUAAAUGAAAUAGGAUUACUACGAGUUGCCUUAGCAUACAAGGAAAAGCUCAACGUUAAUAAAAAAUUAAUAGAGAAUUUGAAUAAUUUGAAUAAUUUGAAAAACGUGCAAAACGGCGAGUAA